UAGAAACAACAACUACGGGACCCAGUCCCGGGAUGAAUCUAUCAGUGUUUUCUCAGAGCUUCGGACUCCGGUCUCUGACCGACUCACUGUCUGAGCUCCUCUCUAAAGUCAGUGAAGACAUUUUGGAAGCGCUGGAGAGUCGAGGCGGUGAAGCCAGCUCGUGCCUCACAGUUCCCAUCUGCUCCUCUGCAGUCAAGAUGCCCGUAAAAGAUGAAAGCCUCCGUUUGACGUCCGAUCCAGUAAGUUCUGCCUCCUCAGACGUUUCUGUCGCUGAGAGUGAUGAGGAAUGGAUCAGUAUCAAAAACACAGACAAGAAAGAAAGAGACGGAGAAGAUGAAGAAGGUCAGACUGCCUCUUCAGAUAAACCCGCCUGUUAUCGCUGUGUAAUCUGUGGUAAAACAUUCCGUCACAAAGGAAACCUUGUGAGACAUGUGGAAAAGCAUGCAGACUGCCAAGAGAAUCUCUGUGGAGUCUGCGGAAAACGCCUCAAGGCUUCAGAAGACUUAUCAGAGCACCUCAGCUCCCACAGGGACUCCGUUUGCACAAGCAGGACCUGCAACGUCUGCGGGAAGAUGUUUCAGAACAUUGAGACACACUUGAGGAGCCACACCGGGGUGAAACCCUAUAGCUGUGACAUCUGCAGCAGGAGCUUCCCACGAGCUGCAGCCCUGAAGAGGCACAAGAAGAUUCACAGCACAGGGAAGCUCAACUCCCGCCAGAACGGUAGAAUGACGUUUGCUGAGAACCAGCUGGAGCACCUAAAGAAACAUGGAGAUCAGAGGGAAGGGGAUGAUAUAAGACAGGAUGAUGAGUCAGAGACAUUAAGUCAGAAAGAAAACCCCUCGCUCUGCUGCAGAGUCUGCGGGGAUUCAUUUCACCGCCCAGGCUUCUUAACAAAACAUGCAGAGACACACAGUAGCGACUCCAAAUGCAUGUGUGGAGUUUGUGGAAAGCUGCUAGAUUCAUCAGACGGCCUACAGACUCACCUCCAGUCUCACAGAGAGACCGGUGGGACAUGUACCAUUUGUGGAAAGAGUUUCCAGAACAUGGAGACACACAUGCGGAUCCACACAGGGUUCAGGCCGUACCGUUGUUCCAUCUGCUGCAAACGCUUCCCCCGACCUGGCGCCCUAAGGCGACACAAGAGGAUCCACAGCUCCAAGCGUCAACACGUCAGCAGUAUAGCAGACACCGAGUCUCAAGAGAACGACCAGAGUGGAAACGCAGACGGUCAAAAUGGCAAGAUGUCAGGUUAUCCAUCAUCCUCCUGCAAAGUCUGUGGGGAGACUUUUCAAGGCAAAGGAAAUCUAAGGAAGCAUGCUAAGAGCCACUCCUCAGAGUCUGUCUGUGGAGUCUGCGGUGAAUGUCUGCCGCCAUCUGAGACGCUGACCCACCACCUGCAGGGUCACAGGGAAGAAGGUAAGGUUUGCCACAUCUGUGGAAACACCUUCCAGAACAUUGAGACCCACAUGCGGAGCCAUACGGGCAUCAGACCAUACCCCUGCAGCAUCUGUGGGAAGUCCUUCCCACGUCCCAGCGCCUUGCGGCGACACAAGAGGAUCCACAGUGGGGAGCGCCCAUACAUCUGCGAGUUCUGUGGGAAGACAUUUACAGAGAGCACCUCUCUGACGGCGCACAUCAGGAAGCACUCCACCGAUCGACCUGUCAGCCGUGUCUCCUGUGAGAUCUGCGGGAAGAGUCUGUCGUCUCUACAAGUCCUGGAGGUGCACAUGAGGAUUCACACGGGGGAGAAGCCGUUUCCAUGCCGCAUCUGUGGGAAAGCCUUCAGGCAACUGGGAGGGCUGAAUGCACACAUGCUGACACACACUGGAGAGAAACCGUUCAGCUGCAGCCUGUGCAACAAAAGUUUUAGCACCAAAGGAUACCUGGAGACCCACAUCCGCUUCCACAAGAAGGAGCGGGCCUUCAAGUGCCACCUGUGCUGGAAGGCCUUCGUCACCAAGAACGACCUGAAGAAACACCUGCUGACCCACACUGGAGAGAAGCCCUACAGCUGCCCGGUCUGUGGGAAAAGCUACCAGGAGAAACGCUCCAGGGACGUCCAUAUGAAGGUCCACAACAGCACAGAGCCAAUCAGAAGCGAGGAGGGCCACCAGCCACGCUUCAUUCAGCUGUGAGGAACCAUAUCAGUACAAGCUGGUUUCAUUAACCGCUGAACAGGAAACAUGUAACAGAUGAAGCUUUGUUCUUCUGAAUGGGAAUAAGCAAAAGCAAAAAUGAACCAGACAACUAAACAAGAUGUUUUGGCCUGUACAAGAGAACAAAGCUGCUGUUAUAAAAGCCUUUAGCUGAAAGAAACAGAAAUAAACUGAAAAAUGUAUCUUCUUUAUCAAACUAUUUUAUGAUAGUUUUUAUUCUGUAAUUUCUGGAUUAAGUUGUGACAUACCGACCGGAAAUUAUACUUUUCCGAUUAACGUUUUUUGAUUUCUAAAAAGAAACACUCUUUAAAUUUCCUAAAAUAAAGUAUUUAUUUGAAAUAUGCUGACUGUUUUUACUAAAAAUAGCACAUUGUGAAUAAGGUCAGACAAACUUUGCUUAAAAUGUUAUAUUGUUCUAAGGUUUCAUUAAUGACACGUACAAAA